UAUUGUUGCAAUAAAUACAAUGUUUCUUUUAUUUACGAUAUUUUUUUCUUAAAUUUAUUCGUGUCCUCCUUUUUGUUGUAAAAAAGUUGGUCACCUUAUUGUUAAAGAAAAAUAUGUGAAGAAUAGAAUCAUGUACAAUAAAAUGCAAAGAAAUUUGACAAAAUUGCUUAAUUUUUGUUUUGCUUUUGUAUAAGGUAAUUCAGGUUGUUCACUUUAAAAAUAUCAGUGUGUCACUUAAAGUUUGAACAAAAUGUUAAUAGACAUUUUUUGCAAGCAUAUUCCAUUCAGGACCUAUUAUGGGGCUGCCUUAUUUUCAAUAAUCUCUGUGCUUCUUUUGACUUGAAUAUAUGUGUGUAUUUGUAUACAGUGGAAUGGAUCGCUACAGAUAUUUCAUCUUUAACCAGAGAAUCAUGUUGAUAUUAGGGCUAUUUCAGAUAGCUUGUGCCACAGUUUGUGUCAUCAGCGGAUUAAUAGAUGGUGUUGUCAGAAAGGAAUCAGCAUUGAGUAAAUCUAAGAUACCCAUUUGGGCUGGAGUGUUUAUGAGCAUUCCUGGAAUUAUGGCCUUAAAUUCAUCUCAGAGGAAGAAUCCCAUUCUGGUGAAUGCCACGAUAAUCACUUCAGUAUUUUCCUGUUUCACCACUUCAAUUGUAAUACUUUAUGCCUCUAUGACAUUAGAGUAUGGUGAAAAAUAUGAGGAGUGGACCUCUUACCAUUCAGCUAUCGUAGUUGUGCUGGGUAAACUGGUUCAAGGAGCUAACAUCACAAUGAUGAUUUCAUCAAUUUUUAGUAUAUUUAUUGUGCUGGUGAUUGUGUAUGUCAGCUGCCGAAGUCUUCCAUGUUGUUCGUGCUAUGACAGUAUCACUGGACUUGAGCAUCUAAAAAAUAAUGAAGACCAGUUACAGGCUACAGAAUUAGUUUGCCUUUCAUGUGAUCAAGCGGACAGAAUUUUUAAUUCUCCAGUAAAACUUUCACAACUAAAUAAAGAAACAGAUUAUGAAAUAAGUGACCCUCCUUCAUACAUCAGGCUGACUUAGAAACAUAUUCCAGAAGGAUGUCAUACAAGAGACCCUUAAUAAUUUUUAAAGAGGCAUUAAAUGCAUGUAAUUAUUAAAGAAAUUGAAAAAUACUCUUGAACAGAUGCUGAAAAUAAAGGCAUUAACAUUGUUUAUCCAUCUGUCUACAUGUACACCUUCAAAUAUAUGCAUCAAUUUACUUAUGUACAAAAUUUUAUUACAAAAAUGAAUAAAAAUUGUAUUUAAAUUUCUUGAGUUAGAAAUACUAUGAAGAUGCCCUCCCAGAUAGAUUUCUUUUCUAUGCUGAAAAUUGGCUGCAUAAUCAGAAAGCAGAUUCUGUGACAACUUCAUUUCUUUUUCAGCAGAGAAAGCUACAAAAAGCUUUCCAUUUAACAACAUUGGUAAGGAAAAUUAUAUUAUUUCACAAUUUGAUUGCUAAAAUCUGUAAAUCUCAGAUGCCUAGGUUGGGAAACACUGAACUAGAUGGAGUUGAAAAGUGUUCCCUCCCCUCUUGUUGCCUGUUCCCAAUGUCUCAGGAAGCAAAGAAUCUCUGUUCUGGAGGUCAUUGUCUGGCAAUGCUGGAGACAAUUCCUGCGAAUGGGGCUUUUGUGGGAAUUUCAGAUGGAAAUUCAGGGCUUGUUAGAGGCAAAUUUUGCAAGAGGCAGCCAUUUGGUUUACCGCUGGUCCUUGGGUUAAGAUGGUAACUGGGACCAAAUUAUUUAACGUGAAACCGCACAUGACCACAUUGCUUAGUGAUAGCAAUACUGUCCCCAGUGCCAUGAAAUGAUUUUCAGGGUUUGUUAGGCAAGGACCAGCCCGGAUCCAAGCCAUUCUUGGCUUGAUUAUUCCCAGUCCUGAGUCUUGAUAAGGGACUGCCCUCCUCUGGAAUUCCCACACACCUCUCUCUCUCCCCCUCCAUCUUUGUCCUUUUGGAUGCCCUGAGCACAGUGACACUUUUUGGUGGCAAUGGCAGCACUAAUGGCACUGGAGCGGAAGCAGAAGGUAGGCGUCUUCAGUCUCAUUCACCUAUUGCUGUCCCCAGACAUCUACUUCAACCCCAGGGCUGCCACCACUGCUGAAGAAGGCUUCUGUGCAGGGUGGCCAAAAGGGUAGAGAUGGGGGGGAGGGGGAGAGCCAGUGGGAGGAGUUCAACAGGCUGGAGAGAGUUGAAGCACCUCUGCUGUUAUAAAUGCUGGUGGGCUACCAAGUGACUGAAUUUUGAUCAUGUGACCACAGGGGCACCGCAAUGGCUGUGACUUCAGGGACCAGGCUUAAGUACUACUAUAAUUCUGUAACUUGUGUUUGUCCUGCAAGUAAGACAUAGCAAAAUAAUGUUCAAAUAAUUUAUCUUCUCCAAUUACCCAUUAGAUUUCAGAUGAAGAAAAAUGAAUAUAAAUUCCCAGUAGAAACAGUGUUUCCAAAACUUGGAUGUAAAUUCAGAGUCACAAGCCAAGAUUUUCUGACUACUAUAUAAAAACAUGUGGUCUAGAACAAGCUGUGCAAUCUCCAGAAUGUAGAUCCCCUUGCAAGAAACAAAUGAAUUUUCUUGGUAAACAAAUCCAUGAUCCCCAAAUGAUUGUAUAAUUUUGCAAUAUAAAGUGAUGAGAUAAAAUACAGAGAAAUUGUCCAACGGGGAGGAGCAGCUGGAGCAAACUGAUUGGUUUAGUUCUAGCCUCUCAACAGACCUGACAGAUGAAAUACAAUCUUUGAUAUUUGCUCAUGGCCAACUGUUUGAACACGUGUAUUCUGAAUAGUCUCCCAUGCCCAGCAGUUCUUUUCAAAGUGGUAACAUUUAUUCACUGAUAAGGACAUAUAAACAACUGUUGUGAAAUAGGUGUCCUUGAGUUGAAAGUAUAAGACUCUGUCUAUGGGUCUCCUUGAAGGUAGUCCAUCCAAGAUCUGACAUAUAGCAAACCAAUCCUAUUCAAGAGAUACUGCCUGCCUCCCCUAGCUUUUCUGGAAUAUCUCUUCUCAGGGGAGUGAGGACCUUUAAAAUUGUUAUGUUUUAAGACUAUAGUAAGGGAAGAGGGCCAGGCUCUCAUUGCAACUGACCAGAGGAACUGAAUAUUAGACCCUUGCUUAUCAUUCUAGCAGCACAAGAGCAGGUGAAGCAGCAGUCCAUGCUGACUGCUACCAGCCAGCCAAUGUGUAUAAAAACAAGCCAUCCAAAGAUCUUUAAAACAUUUUGGAGUAGUUUUUUAAAAAUCCUCAUGAGAUAGAACUUUCUAUGGUUCGCAGCAGUGAGAUGUUUUUAAUUGCUUCUUGAGGCACUUAGCUAAGAUACAGAAAUCAAAGUGACUACUCUCCAAUUCUUUUCAUUAGUGCCUCCUUUGAAGUUAAAACAGGCACUGACCUCUGUCACAAAAGCAGGAAAUCAAGUCCUCAGAAAGAACAAGAAAAACCCAUGCCAGCCAAUACAAAUUACUCUUCACUAUGAAGACUUUUUCUGUUGUUAUAGUUUAUGAAGCAUUGUUAACAUUACUGCACAGAGUAAACAAUUGUGGAAAAAAUAAAUGAAAUCCCUUGCUCGACAAUCAGCACAGCAAAUGUUAUCUGAAAAGCUUACACGAGGCAACAAAAUGUUACAUACUAUACAUAUGUACGCAGACAUGUGCACAGAGCUUGAGACAGCAGAACAUACAUGUUCAGCAACAUAAGAUGGCAACUCAUUAACAUACAAAGCAACAUAAUCUUCAGUUAUUUUAACAUGUAUGCUGAAAAUUCAACCAAAAUGAAAUGAGGUGCUGCCAAGUGCCUCCAAACUUUAAUCAUGCCACCAACUUCAGUGCCAUACCACUCCACAGCAUGUGCUGUGUAAGCCACCACAUAGUUGAUUGGAUAGUUGUUUGGUGUGCCAGUUAUUUCUUUGCAGCAUAUGGGUUUUUGCAAUUUAUCAUGUAGCCAUUCCCCAUCUCCAAGUUGCAUAGGCCUGGUCCAAACAUGGAAUGCCAGAGAUGUUAAAAAAAAAAAAAAAA